AUGUGUAUAGUGCAGGACUCGAGAAGGCGUGGUUGGUUGGAAUAUAAGUAUGAUAAACUGAGAAUACAUAUUAAAGUAGCCACAGAAAAAUGGAAUAAUUUGACCGUAGAUGUAAACGAGGCUAUGCUAUCUCAGAAUAUAGAAGAAAUCAAAGUUGCCAUGAUGUCUGAAUUUGAACUCACUCCAUUACGGGAUGAUGAACAGGAAGCCUCUAAUUACGGUUCAAAGGUCAACAAUAUUGGUGGAGAACAACCAAACCGAGAUGGUCACCGAAAGAGAAACGAACUGCGCAUGUUUUCUACUAGAAUUAUCAUGAAAAGAAGGCACCAGUUUUGUCGAGCGUUACUCAUAUUUUUAGUUCUUUCACUAGUAGCUAUCAUAUGUUUGUUACUAGCUUUUUAUCUCAACGAAACCAAGAAACGAAAACACGAAAAUACAAAUUUAUUAACGACUCAUGUUAACGUCAGACCUAUAUUGCCAAAGGGAGCUAUUUAUGUUCGUAGCUUCAAAUCCUAUCUUAACACCAUGGACAAUCGAAUAUUUGAAGCUUUAUUUAGCAAUGAUACAUCUCUUAAACUCUACGGAAAUAAAGGAUUGAAUUCUGAUAAGUUUAAAAUUGACUCAUUAUCAGUAACUCAUUCUAAUCAAGGAGAAAUUCGUAUUAGAUUUGGUAGACAGAAUAAUUUAGCCUAUGUAAUGUUAGGAAAUAGAGCUCAAGUAGACUAUGAGUGGUCAAGGGAUUUGACCAGUUUUGAUAUUAAGGUGUAUUUAUCAACGACUUUAAAGGGUUUUGAUGCCACGUCAUUUCUGUUUACAGUUAGACUGAUGGAACAUGCCACCUUGUUUCAAAUUAUCUUUAAAACUUUGUGUGGAAAGAGACCGGAAGUAGUUUUCCCAUCCAAUCUGAAAAAACGUCGUUGUGCAUCAUACUUUCCUCUCAGAGUCACAAAAUGUGGAAGCAAAAACGUAUACAAUGGUGUCUUCCUGGAAGGGAAAAUCAAUUUAGGAAAUUCACAUGUAUUACUUCCUGCUCAAGAAUGGCCUCUAGAUUCAGCUGAAUGUUUUAAACAACCAGAAGACGAGAAUUCUAAAUACAACUUCUACAUUCCACUUCCUACCAGUGUCACAGACGAUUCGUCGUGCAAUAUGGCCACCAAAUAUUUUAUAACCGUUUGUGCUGUGAUUCCCGUCAAACUGUCAGCCGAGAAGAUCUGUAUAAAUAUUUCCCAGCAGAUCAACUCGAGUGGGGAAAGAAAGUUUGAUGAGUUAGUCAAUCUAGUGUAUGAUAGUUGUCUGAAUAUUUUAUCAUCUUUAUUAUUAAUGUGUUCGUCUUUACAAACAGAAUAUAAACCUCUCAGUAAAUCACAUUCGCCAUUUUUUCUUUUGUCAGACAGAACAGUGAGAAAUAAACUAUGUAGUAAUUCCAAAGUGUCAGACAGUCUUAUUCCAGACUCUGUAAAAGUGAGUGUCGUGGCUUUCUGUCCCACCGAACACCCAAAAAUAUCUCCAGAACAGUUGGUAUAUGUUAAUCAAUCUGUGUCAGCUGGGAACAACAUUCACAUCAAUUGCCGUGGACCUCCAGAGAUUACAUUAUACCAACUAGCCCACUCUUACACGGGCUCCGGCGAACAUCUUACAACUUUAAAUCAUAAUUUUAGAAUGUGUUCAAAAUGUGCUUAUGAAGCGGUUGUGACUGUACGUGUUUUAGACAAUGAGGUGUGUUGUGAGAAUAUAUGCAGUAGAGACAAUACCAGUGUCUGUGCUCUAGGACGACUGGAAUUAGAAGAAACUUAUCAAUUUAUCACACAUAGUAAUCUAUAUUGUCACAAUUUCCUGGACAAUAUGGCAUCCGACACUGCCUCUUUAAAUAUACACUGUGCUGGCAAAUGUGUCAACCAUUUUACUGUAGAUUUUAAGGUGACCAAUUUUCGUGAACAGGAAAUAUUUUACCACCAACCUCUGUUUUGUACUGGAACAAGCUCGCAAACAUGUAAUUCUAAAUUUGGAUCUUAG